AUCGCCUCGUCGAUCGUCUCCACCUUUCUUGCUUGUGCCACCAGCUUUAUACUCUCCUUCUCCUCUAGCCACUCCGAUUCCUCAGAGUAGAUACAAUAGCAGACUAUAAGCCACCUAUAAACAUAUAUCGAGAAGAUAAAAGAGGAGAGAGGAACAACAAGCUACAAUUUAUAGUUAGCUACAACACAGAAUAUAAAACAUAAUCUUCAGCAUGGUGGAGCCUGUGAAAUCGGAGCUUGGCAGCCUGUUCUUACCUCCAGGCUUCAGGUUUCAUCCGACGGACGCUGAAGUUAUCUUGAACUAUCUCCUUGAGAAGUUCAUCAACCCUAGCUUCACCUCCUUGCCCAUCCACGAGGUCGACCUCAACAAGUGCGAGCCAUGGGAUCUCCCAACGGCGAGGAUGGGGAACAAUGAAUGGUACUUCAGCCGCAAGGACAUGAAAUACCCGACGGGGAUGCGAACCAACCGAGCCACCAAAGAGGGAUAUUGGAAGGCCACCGGCAAGGACAGGGAGAUCUUCAAGCCUGCCAUUUACGAAGGAAGCAGCAAGAACAAUAAGCAGCUUGUCGGGAUGAAGAAGACGCUGGUGUUCUACAUGGGGAGGGCUCCAAAGGGCACCAGGACCAACUGGGUGAUGCACGAGUUCCGUCCCCACGCCAACCUCCACAACCACUACCCAAACCUUCGUCUCAAUCCCAACGAAUGGGUUGUGUGCAAGGUGUUCCACAAGAAGCAGGGAGACGAAGCCAUCAACAACCAGCAGCAGCAGCCUGCCGUUGAUCAAGCCGACGACGACGACAUCUUUCAGCUAGAUGACAUCUUCGCCGACCCCAGCAUCUACGACUUCAGCAACUCAUCUGCCAACAUCUUGUCGGCGCCGCCCAACAACAAUGCGGUUCAUUCCUCCGUUUCUGCAGGUACGACGAUGACUAGUACGACUACCGCCAGUAGCUUCCAGCAUCAGCCAAACUGCUAUAGUGCGCCUCUGCAGCAGCACGUCUCCUCUUGGAAUAAUACGCCUGGAGCUGGAGGAGCCCAUGGAAUUGGAAGCAGCUACUACAACUUGCAGCAGCAGCAGCAGCAGGCAGCAAUGGUGAAAGACCUAGAAGAUAUCAUUGCUGUCCCGGAUUAUGGUACGCUACUGCCGAGCAGCAACAAGGGUUCAUCAAUAAGGUCGGCGACGGCUGGAGUUUCGCAGCAGAAUCCCCUUGGCGUGCCGCAGUACAAGAUAGAGAAUUAUGGGGAUCAUUACAUAUCACGAGAGUAAUCACAUAUACAUAUAUGUACUGCAUGCUGCUGCUGUGUUUCGAGAGUUUUUUGUGCUCGGCUACUGCAUACUGAGUUUCUGAACAUGAACAUGGACAUGGAUGGAGUACUUUAUUUGCAUGGAUGGUCAUGGAGAUUUAGGGAUAUAUAUGUUCAGUUUAAUUUCUGUUGAUUGCUUCAUUGUUUAGUUCGUAGGUAGCUAGAGAGAUCAUUCUACUCCAUUUGUUUAAAUUAAUUGGGUGCCUUUUGUAUAUACCAAGGUCGUGUUUUUUUUAUGUUUUUUUCUGUUAAUUAAUUGUUGGUGGUG